UUGUAGUGUAUGAGCGAUGGAAGCAUCUCAUCUUCUGGACGAACGAGAAGAUGACAGACCCAACGGUGGCUACCAUGUGAUGGUGACGAUAGAUGACAGACCACGCCCCCAGACCACGCCCACCGGGCGGCCACACCCCUCUCCGGUCACGCCCAGUGGCGGUCAGGUUGACGACAAGCCAGACGACAGCCAGCCGACACAUUUGGCGAGGGGUUUCCGUAAAGUCUUGCGGAAAAACCAGGACUACAUCCGCAUCCCCGUCCCGAGGUCCAGCGGCUCCCGGCUGCCUUCGGAAUGGUGGAAGACGGGAAUUGCCUUCAUCUGGGCCGGAUUUAACCUCGUCCUUACUACCGUCAUGAUCACCGUCGUCCACGAGAGAGUCCCGGAUAAGUCCGUCAGCCCGCCGUUACCGGACAAGUUCUUCGAUUAUGUGCCGCGUGUGGAGUGGGCGUUUUCCGUCACCGAGGUGAACGGGAUGAUCCUGGUGGCUCUGUGGUUCAUCCAGUGGCUCUUCCUCAAGCACAGAGCCAUCGUGGGCCGAAGGUUUUUCUUCCUGCAGGGAAUGUUGUAUUUGUACCGUAUGGUGACCAUGUACAUCACAACUCUUCCUGUUCCCAGCAUGCACAUGCACUGCGCCCCGAAGCUCUACGGUGAUUCUCACGGCAAGAUCGAGCGUGUUUUGCAGCUGGUGUCUGGAGCAGGUUUGUCCAUCACUGCCUCUCAUCUCAUGUGUGGAGACUUCCUAUACAGCGGCCACACGGUCAUGCUGACCCUCACCUUCCUCUUCAUCCAGGAAUACUCGCCCCGCUCGUUGGUGUGGCGUUGCUAUCAUGUGAUCUGCUGGUUGCUAAGCGUGGUGGGCGUGGUCUGUAUCCUGAUGGCGCAUGAGCAUUACAGCGUGGACGUAGUGGUGGCGUAUUUCAUCACCUCACGCCUCUUCUACUGGUACCACACCAUAGCCAACAACCAGGCUUUGAGAGGAUCUCCUCACAACUACCUGAACCAGACGUGGUGGAACCGCGUGUUUAACUUCCUGGAGAAGAACGUUAAGACGACGGUUCCCUGCACGUUCUCGUGGCCGCUGUCGCUUCCGUCUGUGUGCUUCAAGAACCCGUGCAAGAGCUACUCAAUAGUGCAGAGCGCACGAGACGAUUGACGCCACAAACACUAUACGUGCAAAUCGAGAUCCUGUUUACUUGAGCGCAGCUUUUACAUGCUUUUGAUGGAAGAAAAUGUUUUUGUGUGGUUCCUGAUGGACGUAAAGACGUGCAGCCAUGGGUUUGUUCCUUAUAGUAUUGUUUUCACACUGUACUUAGACAUACACUACCGGUCAAAAGUUUGGGAUCAGAACAAUUUUUUAUGUUUUUUA